AUGUCAAAUGUCAGCCAGCCAGAGGUCUGGCAGGCGGAUUGGUCAGCCGCUCACCCGUGCACUGCUUCUGCCGGCGCCGCCGCCCUCCUGAUCACGGCGUACAGCGUGGUCGUGACCCUGGGGCUGCUGGGGAACGCCGGCCUGGUGUUUGUCGUCGCCCGGCAACAUGAGCUCCGCAACGUCACCAGCAUCCUGAUCGCCAACCUGUCGUGCUCCGACAUCCUCAUGUGCCUGGUCUGUCUGCCGGUCACCGUGGUCUACACGCUUAUGGACAGCUGGGUGCUCGGGGAGGUGCUGUGCAAGGUGACGCCAUUCGUCCAGUGCACCUCGGUGACCGUGUCCAUCUUCUCUCUGGUGCUGAUCGCUCUGGAGCGACACCAGCUGAUCCUGCACCCCACUGGGUGGUCGCCCAGCGCCGGACACUCCUACCUGGCGGUGGGACUCACCUGGCUGGUGGCCAGCUUCAUCUCGAUGCCGUUCCUGUCGUUCAACAUCCUGACUGACAUCCCCUUCCAGAACACCAGCCUGCCCGCUAGAGAUCAGGUGAUCUGCAUGGAGCUGUGGCCGUCGGAGAGACAGCGACUGGCGUACACCACGUCGCUGCUACUUUUCCAGUACUGCCUCCCCCUGCUGCUGGUGCUGCUCUGCUACCUGAGGAUCUUCUUGCGUCUACGGCGCCGAAGGGACAUGCUGGAUCGCGGACGAAGGACUCGAGGAGCUCACCGCAUCAACGCCAUGCUCCUGGCCAUCGUGGUGGCCUUCGCCCUCUGCUGGCUGCCUUUGAACAUCUUCAACACGCUCUUCGACUGGCACCACCAGGCGCUGCCCGACUGCCAGCACGACGCUGUCUUCUCUGCGUGCCACCUGACAGCGAUGGCGUCCACCUGCGUCAACCCACUGGUCUAUGGUUUCCUCAACAGCAACUUCCAGAGAGAGUUCAAGUCGCGGCUGCAGUGCGGGCGCCGGCCGGCAGGGAGCUAUCAGACCGUCCCCCUGUCGGUGGUGGGCAGUGACGGCACCACCAAGGCCACCACCCUUAGGUCCCCUCGAGCCACCAGAACCAUCCCCUCCAGCGAGCCACCUCACUGUUAG